AUGAACUUGGAAGGAGUAGGCGACGCGGUCAGAUGCGGAGCAUUCCCUGUGACACUGGCCGGCCCAGCGAUCCGAUGGUUCAACGCCCUCCCACAAGGGUCCAUUACGACCUUCGUGGACAUCUCCCAAAGCUUUCUGGCUCGGUUCACGACACGCAUAGCCAAGGCAAAACACCCGAUUAACUUGCUAAGGGUCACCCAGAAACCCGGGGAACCAACCAGAAAGUUUUUGGACAGGUUCAACGAUGAAUGCUUGGAAGUUGACGGCCUCACGGACUCGGUCGCUAGUCUUUGCCUCACAAACGGCCUGCUAAACGAGGACUUUAGGAAGCACCUCACAACUAAGCCUGUGUGGACUAUGCAGGAAAUUCAAAGUGUGGCCAAAGAAUACAUCAAUGAUGAGGAAGUCAGUCAGGUAGUAGCAGCCAAUAAGUGGCAGCUCCCUAACCCUUCAGCACGGCAGGUCACCCAGGUGGAUAGAUACAAGGAGGCCCCCAGGGACAGAACCCCAGCGAAACAGCACAAACAACCUCCACGAGUAGGAAGGUUCACAAACUACACACCACUCACGACGCCCAUAGUGGAAGUUUACCAGCAAAUCGCGAACAAGGGAAUCUUAUCUAGACCCAUGCCGUUGAAAGAGAGAACGGGAGGCAACAAAAGCCUCUACUGCGAUUAUCACAAGGGCUUCGGGAACAAGACCCAAGACUGUUUCGACCUCAAAGAUGCCUUAGAACAGGCCAUCCGAGAAGGAAAGUUGAAUGAGUUCUCCCGACUUAUCCGAGAGCCAAGAAGACGAGAACGGGAGCGCUCAGAAGAAGAUCGAAGCAGAACCGUCAAAGCGAGACAAGAACUCGCAGGGGCCGCUGACAACCCCCCAACCUUUGUCGUAAACGUCAUAAUCGGACGCGAUAACCCCCCCAAGUCUAAGUCAGCAGCAAAGAAGGAUACCCGGAUCCUCUCUACUUCGACGGGAGGUCCCACCACCCCAAACGGAGGACCUCCCAUAAUAUCCUUCAGCCUAGAAGACCAGUGGUUUCACGACCUCCCUGAGAACCCUCCCAUGGUGAUCACGGCAAUGGUUGGGACCGGGUUGGUCAGGCGAAUUCUCGUCGAUACUGGAGCUGACUCCAACAUCCUAUUCAGAAACGUGUUUGACAUCAUGGGACUUAGGGGGUCUGGCCUUAAGACCCACCAACACAGUGUCAUGGGGCUAGGCGACAACUACAUAAAGUCUGACGGGACGAUCUCACUUCCAAUCUGCCUUGGAGCUGGUGACGCUAGGAGGUCAUAA